UUUCCAUCCCAGAGUUUCCCUCUACAGUCAACAGAAGCAUCAUGAUGGAGAAGAUCCUGCUGCUCGUCUAUGUUUCCUCAGAAGUCUUCAUCCUCUCCUCCUGCCUCCUCAUCCGUCAGUACCACAUUGUUAAUCAACCUUUGAACUGGACUGAAGCUCAGACCUACUGCAGACAGAAAUACACAGAUCUGGCCACCAUUGAAAACUCUAAAGAAAUGGACCAACUGAUGAACACCAUUUCAUCUUUUGGUUACAGUUAUGAGUUUUGGAUCGGUCUGUACAAUGAAAUCAGCUGGAGAUGGUCUGAUGGAUUCAAUGGAAGCUUCACAGGCAACAGCAACAACUACUACUACUGGACUACACAAGAUUCAUCACAUUCUCGUGGUGAUCAGAUUUGUUUGGCUGCAUACUGGAAUAACCAGAAUUACCAGUAUCAGUAUUGGUCCGACUCAAGCUGCAGUUCAUUAUUACAUUUUGUGUGCAACAAUGGUAAGACUUUCACAAAAACAUAUGGGAGGUUUAUUUUACUAGAACGUAAAAAUGACCAAGUGCAUCACAGCGGACAACACGUAUGUGAUGUCAGCAAAAACUGAUCAGUCCAUCAUUCCAGUCCAAUGUGUUGAAACACUUUGAAUUCAGCGAAGACAUGUGACCAAACAGUGUGCUAGAAAGUUCUAAUAAUCUUCCCUUUGGAUUCUUUGGAAAAACAACAGUGAACUGAA